UUCAAAUUCUAAAAUGCUAAAUACCAUGAGCUUAGGCAAUUUCAAUUUGAUUUAAUUAACUCUCGCAUCUUUUCAUUAACAAAAAAAAAGAAGAUAUGAGUAUAUUGAUUUAUGUCUUACCCAAAGAACUUAUAUGAAAGAUUGUGCUUCUAGAUCUAGACCAAUUUGGCUAUCUCGAAUUGGUGUUGGCUUUUUCAUCACCGGGUUUGAGUCUUGUCUUGUCUUGUCUUGUCUCGGUACUGUUGGUACGUAAGGUACCUACGUAAGGUACGACGGAUUAGAAUUGCAAGGCUCUCCUACUUUUUGCUUGCUCACCCAACUCUCCUGAGUCCAAUCUAACUUACUUGCUUGCCUCCAUUGAGGUUUCUAUCUCUACUUACAGGUAGAGCAAGUGUACAGAUGCAGACAUAAUCGUCCUUUCUUGGUGCUGGGCUUUUCCCACAUUUCUGCAAUUACGACAUCCUUACGAGCUUCUCGAGCAAGACCAAUAUGUCUUCCCGUCCUAAUCGGCCGGGUCGACCGACUUUAGGCCCUUUUGACUACCCGUUUCGUGAUCCCUCGAUAAACGAGCAGCUCCGUCGUCCAAGAUCCAAUUCAAGGCUUCCCGAAUUCAACCCUCUCAGGAAUACUCAAGUUCAUGUCGAAUCAAGCUCCGACGACGACGAUAUCCCUGUUCCAAGCACGAAACGACCCUCCCAACAUUCCCGUUCAAUGAGCCACCCAUUUCCUUCGUUAUUUUCCAGUAAGAAGAGGAAGAAUGCUAGGCCUGGCAACGAGGAAUUUGUCGACGACGACAGUCCUAGGCCUAAGGGACAGCAGAAUCUACACCAAAACCCACCUCCUAGAAGAAUACCGCGCGGGCCAGGGGACUUCGCGACAGGGAACUGCAUGACAUGUGCUAGUUUGGUCAGAUGGCCGAAAGAGUUACAUAUCUUUAGGUGUACCAUUUGCUUAACAAUAAACGAUCUCAAGCCAUACGAUCUUGCUGCUAAGAACACUGGCACCCAACUAAAUCCCAGUCCAAGUGGCUCGUUACAACCAAACGAAAGUAUAGUCGGCCCUGCGCGGCAUCUCUCGCAACCCCCAACCUCGAUAUCUCUCGAUCGUACGAGACACCUCGUUAAGCAGUGCUUGCGUUCGACGUUACAAUCUUGGAUGUCGACACGAUCGUACCAAGACCACUCUGAAUCUCCACCGGACCGAAUCGCACCCCGACCACCUAAUGAGGGCUUUCCACGGCGCGAUUCUCCUAGUCAGCCAGGUGGCUCGCCCCCUGCAAACGCAAGUCCGCCUAGUUAUAUUUACAAUGCCGUGUUCGACGAUUUCGCCGAUCUCAAUAUUGAACCAAAUCCGUUAAAUAACGACGCACCUAUAACGAGAUCGUAUUCUACAUCCUUUCCCGAUACAAGGAGUUCGACUUUUCCUGCUGUUAGUCAAACAGGAGAGCCUAGCUCCAAACCAGACACUACAGCUUUCCAGACAGAACCCAAGAAGGUGUUUAGGAAAUUGGAGGAGUACCUCGUAUCAUGCUUUAGUUCUCAUGCGUGUAUCAAUCAUUCGUUCGUCACUCGCCAUAUGAGUGCUAACUCUAGAAUUCCCUCCGAGGUCGUAAAGAAACGAGUCGUGGAAAAUAAGAAGGAACCGAUUCGCGAUGACACGCCUAUAUCAGAGCUCGACCCCAAAUUGUUGCUUCUAGGCGACUUCGCUGAGAAUGGUACGUGGUGGACUGGAGGCCAAGAGGAACCUUUGCCUUCCAAAAACCCACCCCGUCGAAAGGAAGAUGUACCUUCCAUAGUGACGACUAGAUCUCCCCGAAUUGAUUGGGCCGCAGUCAUGGAAUGGUAUCACGUAGUAAUUAACACAGCUGAGUCCUGGUCAGAAGUCUACUCGGAGAUGUUGCAGCAGGAACCAUCCCAACGGUUAGCGGACGCAAGGCUACAACAGUUCGAAGCGCUGGCCAUCACGGCUCAGGAGCAUAUCCAACGAGUUCUGUUGAAGUGCACAGAAGUGCUAUUAAAACGCCCUGGACGAUUGUUGGCUGAGCCUCAGGACGUACGCUUCUUAAUCUUGAUGCUGGCCAACCCACUCCUCAGUUCAGGGUCUAAAUCCUACACGGGUCAAUACCAACGUUCAAGCAAGGGAAAAGGUGUAGCCGCAGAAAACGAUCCAGAGGCUCAACCAAAAUCACCCCCCGGAAGACAUUCAGGAAUUAUAAAGCGAAUUCUCGGUUUGCUGGCAAAUUCAUCUGAGCAAUGUCAUCAUCAUCUAGUCCCGUGGCUCUCUAGAUUGCCCGAGCCCCUUUUCCUUCAGACAAAGGAUCUGAUUAGUGGCUUCAUUACGUAUCGGUUGAACCAUCAGAGUGAGAAAAGGGUGGAACCGCAGAUCGACGUAACAGGCGGUUUGAUCCCGCAAAUGUCUAAUUCGCGUACUGGAAACACGCCGGCAACGCUGCAUGCUGCCUUGGAAGCAUCGAAAGCGUCCAAGAAGCAAAAGCAACCUGUUGAACCGAAGCGUGCGGCAUAUACAGACGACUGGCAGAUCAAAGCUGCUGCAAGAGUAAUGGCCCUCAUAUUUGCUGCAAACAAUUUAACGUACAUCCGCCGCACUGACAGAUCAGAUGGACGUAACCAUAACCAUUUGUUAUCGACCAGUGAUUUUUAUAAUUCGAUGGUCGACUGCUUGGACUUCAAAGCUGAUUAUGAGCUAUGGGAAUCGAAAAGGGGCAGGUUCGCCUUUUGCCAAUAUCCAUUCUUUCUGAGUAUAUGGGCCAAAAUACAAAUACUAGAGUUCGAUGCGAAACGACAAAUGGCUGGAAAGGCGAGAGAAGCUUUCUUUGACAGCAUAUUGACGCAUAGGAACUAUACGCAAUAUCUUGUUCUUAGCGUCCGUCGAGAAUGCCUCGUGGAUGAUAGUCUCAAGCAGGUGAGCGAAGUCGUUGGUAGUGGUAGCGAGGACAUUAAAAAAGGUCUGCGAAUUGAAUUCCAAGGAGAAGAAGGCGUCGAUGGAGGAGGGCUUCGAAAAGAAUGGUUCCUUCUACUCGUGAGAGAGGUAUUUAAUCCUGACCAUGGUCUCUUCGUUUAUGACGAGGACUCGCGUUUCUGCUACUUCAACCCGAAUACUUUUGAGACAUCUGAUCAGUAUUUUCUCGUGGGAGUGCUGCUGGGGCUGGCUAUAUAUAACUCAACCAUCUUAGACGUCGCUUUCCCACCCUUUGCUUUUCGAAAGCUGCUCGCAUCCGCGCCUCCUCCUGCGGCUGGUGCGCCAGCACACUCCCGUCCUACCAUGAACUAUACCUUGGAUGAUCUAGCCGAGUUUCGUCCAGCCCUGGCCAGGGGACUUCGCCAACUGCUGGAUUUCGAAGGAGAUGUUCAAUCUACCUUCUGCUUAGAUUUUGUUAUCGAAGUCGAAAAGUAUGGUACUAGGGUCAGAGUACCUCUUUGCGCAGGGGGUGAGACCAGAAUGGUUACGAAUGCCAAUCGACGAGAUUAUGUCGACCUUUACGUCCGAUAUUUACUUGAUACUUCGGUUACUCGACAGUUUGAACCGUUCAAGCGCGGUUUCUUCACCGUCUGUGCGGGUAAUGCAUUGACACUUUUCAGACCGGAGGAAAUUGAGCUGCUUGUGCGCGGUUCGGACGAGGCGCUAGAUAUCUCCUCACUGAGGGGUGCCGCUAUUUAUACCGGCUGGCCAAAACAUGUAAACCCCGAUAUAGAGCCAACAGUGCAAUGGUUCUGGGGUACAUUUGAAAGAGCUUCGCCCGUGGAUCAGCGUCGGUUGUUAUCGUUCAUAACGGGCAGUGACCGCAUUCCCGCUAUGGGUGCAGCGUCCCUCGUUAUACGGGUCAACCUUCUAGGCGAGGAUGAAGGGCGAUUUCCUUCAGCGAGGACAUGUUUUAACGUUUUGUCCUUAUACCGUUAUACCUCGCGAGCGAGACUGGAACAGUGCUUGUGGCGGGCGGUGAAUGAAAGUGAGGGAUUCGGGCUCAAGUGAAGGCGCCAACAGGAACAUGUACUCAUGAUUGCAUUCGCGUUGGCGUUCAUGGACUCGGGACGACUGCUAGAUGGUGUAUGGGUAUACCCACGGAUGUUUCCUUGGGAUGACCGUUUCCUACAAUCAACGCGUGCUUGUGGUAGGACUUUGAACCCAUCAGUGGCUUUGGAGCCCAAAGACUAUACCCCAGAGGCUAUAUUACUAUCAUCGCAAUAUAUGACAGCUAUGUCCAGUGACCAAUGGAAAUCCGAUGCACAAUCAAUUGAUAGUCUCGUGUAGAAUGCCCUUACAUCGGAGAGGUUUGCCAACUAAGAUGCGUGUAGCAAGCCCUGAUAUACAGCU